AUGCAUGAAGUGUCGAACCUCAUAACGGAUGGAGAUGGCGGCGCGAAGGUGGUGGCCGGAAGGAAGGCGCCGACAGUCAUCGCACAGACGGAGCGGCGCGACAGGAAAGUCGUCGCAGCCGUUAAGGCGCUGGCGUCGCAGCCGUCGCAAAGGGGGUUCGUCGCAGAAGGGAUGUCGGUGACGUGGACACGGCUACAGUACUCCGUGCCGGCAGCCAAUUCCAAGUGGUGCUGCGUGCGCGCGGAGGACGACGCGACCAUCUACCGAAAGAAGGUCAUGAUGAACGUCACGGGGGGCGUGGCGCCGGGCAAUCUCCUUGCCAUCAUGGGCCCCGAGGGAUCAGGCAAGUCGCUGCUGCUGCACAUGCUGGCGGGGCGGCUGGAGGGCGACGCCAACUUCCGCGGCAGCAUAGAGUACAGCGGCGAGCCGUUUGGCGCGACGCUGAGGCGCGAGAUUGGGUUCGUGGAGAACGACGUCGACCUGCAGGCCAAUCUGACGGUGAGGAUUUGUUUGGAUGGGUGA